AUGUCAUCUCGUCCGGAACUGCAAUCACAGCCAGAGAUAUUCUACAACGAUGAAGAAGCUCGCAAGUACACUUCCUCUUCUUGCAUCAUCGAAAGUCAGGCUCAACAGUCGGAGAGAGAUAUGGAGCUUCUUGCUUUGCCUGAUGAUGGGGUCCCCAGAUUACUUAUUGACAUUGGAAUUGCAUUGGAGCGUGAGGUUGAGGGUGAUCUUAUGCUUGCUGACAUGGGUCAGGAUGAAGGAUUUCGUCCUGGAGUUAUUGAUGGAGCUAUCAAUAUCUCAGCUGUUCAGUGGUUAUGCAAUGCUGACAAGACCUCCCAUGAUCCUCGAUUAAGAUUAAAGGCUUUCUUUGGAUCAUUAUAUAGAUGUUUGACAAGGGGAGCUCGAGCAGUACUUCAAGUAUACCCUGAAAAGCUUGCCCAGCGUGAGUUGAUCCUAGGAUUUGCCAUGCGUUCUGGAUUUGCUGGUGGUGUAUUUGUUCACAACCCACACAGUACUAAGAAAAGAAAAGAAUACCUUGUGCUAAAUUGUGGUCCACCAUCUUUGAGUGCUGCCACUCCACAAGGGAAAAGAGAACAAGAAGAAAGUUGCUCAGAUGAUGAGGGUAGUGGAGACAAAGAAAAUCAGACAGUGUAUUCUAGUGUGUGCAUUUCAGGCAGGCAGAGGCCUAGGAAAAAGCAAAAGAUAACCAAGAAGGGGAAUGGAAGAGAGUGGGUAAUGAAGAAGAAGGAACAAAUGAGGAGAAGGGAAAUGUCAUGCCUCCAGAUACAAAAUACAAAGCUCAAACGAAAGGCUCGAUUUUGAUCGCAUGUCCAUACGUAAAUAUGUACUUCUGGGGGUCUAUUGUGGCAUUACUUGUUUUGUGCAGCGAUUUGGGCACAAGUGGUUUCUACCUUGGGUUGAGCGACUUAUGUAUGGUCAACAUCCAGCUUCAACUUAGUUCAACCACAAAAAUUAAGGCAGCAAAACGGGAAUGUUGUAACCGGCCUUGUUGACCUUGGGGUGUUACUUGAUGACUAUCUGAACUCUAGUAAUUUUAUCUGUUCUAUUUAUUUCUAUGGCAUGGAAUUGCUGGCAUCUCAGUCCCUUAUCUCAUCUGAAUAGCACCAAAGACAAGGCUUUUUAUUAAAUUGAACAUGUAUUUUGUGUGUGG